AUGGCAGACCCAGCUUCACUGCUUGGUGCAGCUGUGCGAGCUGCAUGUCUGGCUAAGGCCCCGAGGAGAACCGUCCAGGCUGUUGCCGCAGCUGUGACUGCCGUGCUUGUGAAGCAGGAGCAGGACACAGCAGUGGCGAGGCCGGGGACGGAGCCAAGGGUGACAGUCGGAGUUCCAGGUACUGUGGUUGGUGCCUGUGAGACGCAGGUGCUUGUUGACCAGCUUCGCGAGGCUCGCAGAGCUAAGCGGCAGCGCAAGCGCCAGAGACGAAGGGAGCGGGCCCAGGCUGCGGUUGCUCCUUCUACGUGCUCUGAUGCCAAAGCAGUCACUCUUACUGCGGAUCAUUCAAAGCGUGUGGGCCAACGAGGUUUUUCAACUUGGGAGGAGGCCUACAAUGCGACUGGAAUGCCAGCAAAGACUGGAGACAUUCAGUGA